AUGUACAUAUAUUUGUACGCAAUUUGUCAACACGGUGUCGCUGACAUCUUGUACGUCAUCGACUCCUCAGCCCGCAUCGGCUACAGCAACUUCCAGAGUCAGAUCCAGUUCGUGUCCAGCCUGUCCUCGAGGUUCCCCAUUGGUCCAUCGGCUGUCCAGCUGGGCGCCGUAGUCUUCAGCGACUACCCUCAGAAGUUGUUUGACUUCCGUGAUCUACAGGAGACUGUCUACAUAACACGGAGUUUGCAGGAUGCCCCAUACCUGCAGGGUAAAACGUGCGUGGACCAGGCACUCAAUUGGGUCUACAACACAGGCAUGUACACCAUCAACGCCGGGGCCAGACCUCACGCUCCAAACAUCCUACUCUUGAUCACCUACGGACCGUUAAACAACACAGUUGCGACUAUCCAGUCGGCCCAGCGAAUCAAAGACAUGGGCGUGCAGAUCAUCUCCGUGGGGGUGGGCAUGCCCCAACGUGUGGAGCUCCAGGCCGUGGCCAGUGGUCCUCAAGAUGUCUUCCUCGCGCUCUCCUACAGCGCUCUCAAGUCUGUGGAGGAGCAGGUGGAGGAGAGGAUCUGUCGGGAACUAGAAAACUGCCAGUCAAGCACACACGGCUGCUGCUCUGAUGGACGCACGUUUGCCGCUGACCCUAAGAAAACAGGCUGUGGUUCUGCUGUAGCGAAAACGUGUGAAGAGAGUACGUACGGCUGUUGCUACGACGGCAAAUCUGCCGCGACGGGUCCGAAUAAAGCUGGAUGUGGUAGUUGUCGCCCCUCCCCUUGCCAACACAACUGUACAACAACCGCUAAAGGUUUCACGUGCUCAUGUAUGCCAGGAUUCCGUGUCAGUGACACCAACUCCUCUGCUUGUCUGGACAUCGACGAAUGUUCCAAGAGUUCUGUAUGUGAACACAACUGUAACAACACAGUGGGCAGCUUUAAGUGUUACUGUAAGGCAGGGUACACCAUUGACAGUAAAAACCCCACCAAAUGUGCUGACAUCGAUGAAUGUGCCAAGAGCUCUGUAUGUGAACAGAAUUGUACAAACACAGUGGGCAGCUUUAAGUGUUCUUGUAAGGCAGGGUACACUAUUGACAGUAAAAACGCCACCAAAUGUGUUGACAUCGACGAAUGUGCCAAGAGUUCUGUAUGUGAACACAACUGUAACAACACCGUAGGCAGCUUUAAGUGUUACUGUAAGGCAGGGUACACUGUUGACAGUAAAAACCCCACCAAAUGUGUUGACUUCGACGAGUGUGCCAAGAGCUCUGUAUGUGAACAGAAUUGUACAAACACAGUGGGCAGCUUUAAGUGUUCUUGUAACACGGGGUACACCAUUGACAGUAAAAACGCCACCAAAUGUGUUGAUGUCGACGAAUGUGCCAAGAGUUCUGUAUGUGAACACAACUGUAACAACACAGUGGGCAGCUUUAAGUGUUCUUGUAAGGCAGGGUACAACAUUGAUAGUAAAAACCCCACCAAAUGUGUUGAUGUCGACGAAUGUGCCAAGAGUUCUGCAUGUGAACAGAAUUGUACAAACACAGUGGGCAGCUUUAAGUGUUCUUGUAAGGCAGGGUACACUGUUGACAGUAAAAACCCCACCAAAUGUGUUG